GCCAGUAGCAAACAGAGACCCUUUUUAAUUUUAAAAAGUGUUUAACUUCUUAUGUACUAUAAUUUCCUUAUUAUAUACAGAAGAUUAAUGUUAUAUACUGUAACAGUAGGCUUCUAGCAUUGUUUUCUCAAAUGAAGUAUUUUUAAAUGAACAGAAAUGAAGAGUCAACCUGGACAUGUGUAUUUGGAAACGUUGAAAACUCUGAAAGAUAUGCUAAGUGAUUUAGAAAGUAAGGCCCAGGCAUCAUUGGAUGUCCUGAAUGAACCUGCAGAGGUGGAGAAGGCGCUGCAGGAAAAAAAGGCUCUUGAAAAAAUCCUUGAGGAUAAAAAACCUACAUUAUUUAAACUUGCAGAAGAAACAAAAGCUUUGGAGAAAAACGUUUCUCCAGAUGUAGGAAAAAUGUAUAAUCAAGAAUGUAAUGAUGUUCAAGGAAAGUGGAACAAAGCGAAGGUCAAGGUUUCCAAAGAUCUGCAUUUGCUUGAAGAAAUUAUCCCCAAACUGAGAGCUUUUGAGACUGAUUUGAAAGUCAUUGAGAAGUGGAUCGAGGGUGCUAAAGACUUCUUAAUGGAAGAGCAGGCUGUCCCAGGAAAUGAUGAAGGGCUAGAAAGACAGUUUGACCAAUGCUCGGCUUUUGUUAAGAAAAUAGAUACAGUUGAAUCAUCGCUGAAAAACAUGAAGGAAGUAGAGACACACCUUCCAAGUUGUCCAGUUGCUGGAAUCAAUACCAGGGUGCAGACCAAACUAGUUGACUACCAAACCCAACUGGAGAAAUAUAGCAAGGAGAUUUCUAGUCACAAAGAUAAAUUGGCUGAACGUCAAGAAAAAGUGAAGAACCUGAAAAAAGACUUAAAGGAAAUGCAAGAAUGGAUGAUGGAGGUGGAAGAUGAAUACCUAGAUAAGAGUUUUGAAUACAAGUCACCAGAAGAACUUUUGAAAGAUGUAGAGGAGAUGCAGAGAGCAAAAGAGGAUGUGCUGCAAAAGGAAGUCCGAGUAAAUAUACUGAAGAACAACAUCAAGUUAAUAGCUAAAAAGGAGCCCUAUAUUGGCCAGGAAUUGACUUCUAGGCUGAAGGUUGAGCUGGAGAAUUAUCAACAUCUUUGCAAAAGAAUUCGAGGAAAGUGCCAAGCACUUGAGGUAUGCUAUUUUUUUUUUUUCAGUGAUGUGUUUCUGAGAUUGAAACUUUGUAAUGUACUGACCAUUUCCAUUUCUUGGGAAACAAAACUUGAUUUUUUUCCCCAAACACUGCAUCAUAAAGGAAAAUAGUUCUUGGUUAAUAGGUUAAUAAAAUGAAGCAGGGAUAACAAAAUAUAGGGGAU